ACAUUUGACUUUGGAAACAAAAAUGAUCUUUGUGGAGGGAGAAGACUCUAAGAGAUACUGCAUUAAAGGGAAGCAUGUGGCCAUUAUCUGUGCAACGGUGGUGGGGGUAGGAUUAAUAGUGGGACUUUCCGUGGGCUUGACCAGGUCGUGUCACUCCACCGAAGACGCGGGGCAGAGCACAACUCCGGCUCCUUCCACUGCGAGCCCUGCGCAGGACCAGGAGGUCUGCCCUGCCAGUGAGGAUGCAAGUGGAGAAUGGACAAACUUCAGGCUGCCGGACUUCCUCAUCCCGGUGCACUAUGACCUGGAGGUGAAGCCCCUGAUGGAGGAGGACACGUACACGGGGAACGUGACCAUCUCCAUCAACGUGAGCGCGCCCACCCAGUACCUGUGGCUGCACCUGCGGGAGACCAGGAUCACCCAGCUCCCGGUGCUGCAGAGGCCCUCUGGGGAGCAGGUGCAAGUCAGGCGCUGCUUCCAGUACGAAACGCAGGAGUAUGUGGUGAUCGAGGCAGAAGAAGAGCUUGCACCCGGCAGCGGCGAGAGUCUCUACGCCCUGACUGUGGAGUUCGCCGGCUGGCUGAACACCUCGCUCGUGGGCUUUUAUAAAACGACAUAUGAGGAGAAUGGACAAGUCAAGAGCAUGGCAGCCACUGAUCAUGAACCCACAGAUGCCAGGAAGUCCUUUCCUUGUUUUGAUGAGCCCAACAAAAAGGCAACUUAUACAAUAUCUAUCGUCCACCCCAACGAAUAUAACGCACUUUCAAACAUGCCAGUGGAGACAGAAGAGUCAGUGGAUGAUGAAUGGACUCGAACAACUUUCCAGAAGUCUGUCCCCAUGAGCACUUACCUCGUGUGCUUUGCUGUACAUCAAUUUGACUCUGUAGAAAGAAUAUCAAAUCGGGGAGUACCUCUCACUAUAUAUGUCCAGCCAGAGCAAAAGCAUACAGCUGAAUAUGCUGCAAACAUAACUAAAAUUGUGUUUGAUUAUUUUGAAGAAUACUUUGCUAUGAAUUAUUCUCUUCCUAAAUUAGAUCAAAUCGCUAUUCCGGAUUUUGGUACUGGGGCUAUGGAGAACUGGGGCCUCAUCACUUACAGAGAAACCAACCUGCUGUAUGACCCUGAGGAAUCAGCCUCCUCAAACCGGCAGAGGGUGGCCAGUGUGGUCGCCCAUGAACUUGUUCAUCAGUGGUUUGGAAAUAUUGUGACCAUGGACUGGUGGGAAGACUUGUGGCUCAAUGAGGGAUUUGCUUCCUUCUUUGAGUUCCUGGGAGUGAACCAUGCAGAAGGAGAUUGGGAAAUGCUUGACCAGAUAUUAAUUGAAGAUGUGAUACCUGUUCACGAGGAUGAUUCUUUGAUAUCUUCACACCCAAUUGUUGUCACCGUGGAAACUCCUGCUGAAAUAACAUCUGUUUUUGAUGGAAUAUCCUAUAGCAAGGGAGCUUCCAUUCUGAGAAUGCUUGAAGACUGGAUGACACCAGAGAUAUUUCAAAAAGGAUGUCAGAUUUACUUGGAAAAAUACCAAUUUAAGAAUGCAAAAACUUCAGAUUUUUGGGAAGCACUUGAAGAGGCAAGUAAUCUGCCAGUUGAAGAAGUAAUGGACACCUGGACCAGACAGAUGGGCUAUCCUGUGCUUAAUGUGGAAAAUGGGAGUACCAUCACCCAGAAACGCUUUCUGUUGGAUGCAACAGCUAAUGCUUCCCAGCCACAUUCUGAGUUUGGUUACACAUGGACUAUUCCAGUUAAAUGGACUGAAGAUAGUGAUUCAAGUACUACAAUCUACAAUAGGUCAGAAACAGGAGGAAUCACUUUGACCUCUUCGAAUCCUAGUGGAUUUCUCAAAAUAAACCCGGAUCAUAUUGGGUUUUACCGUGUAAACUAUGAAGUACGAACUUGGGACCAGAUAGCUACCAAUCUUUCUCUCAACCACAUGGACUUUUCUUCUGCUGAUCGUGCAAGUCUUAUUGAUGAUGCUUUUGCUUUGGCAAGAGCUCAACUUCUAGAUUAUAAGGUGGCUCUGAACUUGACCAAGUAUCUCAGAAUGGAAGAGCACUAUAUACCGUGGCAGAUAGCCAUUACGGCUGUAACCUACGUCAUUAGCAUGUUUGAAGAUGAUAACGAGCUAUACCCUUUGAUUGAGGACUACUUCCAACGUCAAGUGAAGCCCAUUGCAGACUCUCUGGGAUGGAAUGAUGCUGGAGACCACCUCACAAAGUUGCUCCGUGCCACUGUGUUAGAGUUCGCGUGCAAGAUGGGAGAUGCAGAAGCCCUGAACAAUGCUUCCCAGUUAUUUCAGCAGUGGCUCAGUGGGACUGUAAGCCUUCCUGUAAAUCUCAGGCUUCUAGUAUAUCGAUAUGGAAUGCAGACCUCUGGCAAUGAGACUUCAUGGAACUAUGCUCUUGAUCAAUACCAGAAAACGUCAUUAGCUCAGGAAAAACAAAAACUGCUGUAUGGAUUAGCAUCAGUGAAUAAUGUUACUCUUUUGUCAAGGUAUUUGGAUUUGGUCAAGGACUCAAGCAUCAUUAAAACCCAGGACGUGUUUACAGUCAUCCGUUACAUCUCGUAUAACAGCUACGGGAAGACCAUGGCCUGGAAGUGGAUACAACUCAAUUGGGAGUAUCUGGUCGACAGAUUCACAAUCACUGACAGAACCCUUGGCCGGAUCGUCACCAUAGCAGAGCCAUUCAACACUGAACUACAGCUCUGGGAGAUGGAGAGCUUCUUCAACAGAUAUCCAGAAGCUGGAGCAGGAGAAACGCCCAGGGAGCAAGUGCUGGAAACAGUCAAAAACAAUAUCGAGUGGCUAAAACAAAAUAGAGACAGCAUAAGACAAUGGUUUCUUGAUUUAACUAGGAAUGAUUAAUGUGUUCAAACAUCAUCUUUUAAUUUUGUGAAUCCAUUGUUUCUCCUGUUAAGCAUUUGGUGGCCUGAUUUACAGGCACUAGGGAGGAAGCCUUAUACGUAGAC